UGUAACCAACAGGAGCACAAACACGCUAGUGGACUUCUGCCAGAUACUCUACAUGGAGGAAAACAGAUUCUCAGGAUGUAGACGCAGUUAUAAGGACUAUUUCUCAUUUUUAGUUUUCCGUUGAAGAAGAAGAAGAAGAAGGGGGUGGUGCAUGUGAGCAGGAGAUCCUGUUACAGAGGUCCAGACUUUUUUCAAGUUUUUUUUUUUUUCUGAAAGUGGGGGUAGGGCGAAGCAGAAUUCUCUGUUAUGCUUUUCUUUCUAAAGCCAUCCAGCAAAUACUUCAUAUAAUUCGGAACUCAUCAGUCAGUGUUCUUGUUUCUGUUUUUUAUUUUUACUUGGGAAUACGUUUUGGGACUAUUGGAGCUGAAUAAUGAGGACGUUUAGGACGAUUCUGUGGGACACGGACGAAAAGUGCAGAAGCAAAAAGUUUGAGAGGACUCCGAGAAAACUUUAGAGAAAAAAAACACCCCACUGUAGCUUUUCUGCAGUAUGGAAACUUAUAAAUCAGAUGUAGAAACCAGCUUUCACCAGAGAAGCUUAUAGUUUGGUAGCUGAAGCCUCAAGAAUUUUGAAAUUCGUUGGAUUUUUUUUUUUCCCCACAUCAGGUCCAUCUUCUCUCCCAAGAUGUCUUCCCAGAGUCGAAGCCCCAUUGUUGGGAUGCUUUGCGUCUGGGCUGCCUGGCUGUCGGGCUGCAGGGCAGUGUUGGCCCCGAAUGGGACUAUGUUUGAGGACAGCUGCAAGAAAACCUCCACUUGUGAGGUGCUUAAGUACAACACAUGUUUGGGUUCACCUUUACCCUACACCCAUACAUCUCUGAUCCUGGCGGAGGACUCCAGCAGCCAAGAGGAGGCUUUUGAGAAGCUGACCAUGUGGUCUGGAUUGCGAAAUGCCCCACGUUGCUGGUCAGUCAUCCAGCCACUGCUCUGUGCCGUCUACAUGCCGAAAUGCGAGAAUGGACGAGUGGAGCUGCCCAGCAAGAGCCUGUGUCUGGCCACACGUCGCCCGUGCAGCAUUGUGGAUCGGGAGAGAGGAUGGCCCAGUUUCCUCAAAUGCGAAAAAUUCCCUGUGGGCUGUUCGAAUGAAGUGCAGAAGCUGAAGUUCAACACAUCAGGCCAGUGUGAAGCCCCUCUGGUGAAGACAGACAUUCAGUCAAGUUGGUACAAGGAUGUAGAAGGUUGUGGUAUCCAGUGCGACAACCCCUUGUUCACCGAAGAGGAGCACAAUGACAUGCAUGCCUACAUUGCUUACUUUGGCACAAUCACACUCCUCUGCACCUUUUUCACUCUGGCCACAUUUCUUGCUGACUGGAAAAACUCGAACCGCUACCCGGCUGUCAUUCUCUUCUACAUCAAUGCCUGCUUCUUUGUGGGCAGCAUCGGCUGGCUCGCCCAGUUCCUGGACGGAGCUCGCAAAGAGAUUGUGUGCAAGAGUGACAACACCAUGCGGCUCGGGGAGCCCUCAUCUUCAGAAACGCUCUCGUGCGUCACCAUCUUCAUCAUCGUCUAUUACUCCUUGAUGUCAGGAGUGAUUUGGUUCGUCAUGCUGACCUACGCCUGGCACACCUCCUUCAAGGCUCUAGGUACAACUCACCAGCCACUGUCUGGACGGACCUCCUACUUCCACAUGGUGACCUGGUCCAUUCCCUUUGUCCUCACGGUGGCCAUCCUUGCUAUAGCUGAGGUGGAUGGAGACUCUGUGAGUGGGAUCUGCUUUGUCGGCUACAAAAACUACCAUUACCGAGCCGGGUUUGUGCUGGCUCCCAUUGGAGUGGUGCUUGUUGUUGGUGGUUACUUUCUCAUUCGGGGUGUCAUGACCUUAUUUUCCAUCAAGAGUAACCACCCAGGACUACUGAGUGAGAAAGCAGCCAGCAAAAUCAAUGAGACAAUGCUGAGACUAGGUAUAUUUGGAUUCCUUGCAUUUGGCUUUGUUUUCAUCACAUUCGGAUGUCACUUCUAUGACUUCUUCAACCAGGCUGAAUGGGAGAGAAGCUUCAGAGAAUAUGUGCUAUGUGAAGCCAACGUGACAAUCGCCUCUCAAACCAACAAGCCCAUCCCAGAAUGCACCAUUAAAAACCGUCCCAGCCUGAUGGUGGAGAAGAUCAACCUGUUCUCCAUGUUCGGCACAGGAAUCGCCAUGAGCACCUGGGUCUGGACCAAAGCCACCUUCCUCAUCUGGAAACGCACUUGGUUCAAGAUCAUUGGUCGAAGUGACAACGAACCUAAGAGGAUAAAGAAGAGCAAGAUGAUUGCAAAGGCGUUCGCAAUGAGGAAGGAGCUGCACAAGGACCCGGAGAAGGAGCUGUCCUUCAGCAUGCAUACUGUGUCACAUGAUGGCCCAGUGGCUGGAAUUAAUUUUGACCUGAACGAGCCGUCCAAUGAUGUUUCAUCAGCAUGGGCUCUCCAUGUACCCAAGAUGGUCGCCAGACGGGGAGCCAUUCUGCCUCAGGACAUUUCUGUCACUCCCACUGGGACUCCAGUGCCCCCUCCAGAGGAGAGGAACAGACUGUGGAUGGUGGAGGCAGACAUAUCACCUGAGAUGAUAAAGAGGAAAAAGAAGAAGAAGAAAAGGAGGAAGGAGGUGCGUAACCCUGACGAGGUGGUGGAAAACCAGACUCGCCUUCAGCGAGAGUUUGGCCGCAGCUCAGUUCCUCGCCUGCCGAAACUUCCCUGCCACCCAAGCCUGGUGGCCAAUCUACGUCAACAGCAGAGGCAUCAGACACUGGAGCAGGGGGUCCUGCCGGGCUCAUUGCCAGAUUAUGAACCCUGCGAGGAAAGGUGUUCAUACUUGGAGUGCCAGAGCAGCAGAAACGGUUACCUGAUGACCCGAGUUGAUUGUCCAGAAAAUCUGGGCCUCGGGCCAAGCUGUCACCCUUUGACUUCAAACUGGCAGCCCAGUGGAUCGUCCAGUUACCCCCGAGAGGUGGAGCAUACUGACGGGCUGUCAGAGAGAAUGGCUCAUGUGGCUCGGGUACCGGCGGGCCGCAGGGCAGGCUACGGACCCAUCCACUCCAGGACCAAUUUGAUGGAGGCGGAGCUUAUGGAUGCUGACUCUGACUUUUAAAACUGCAGAGAAAGCAAGAAAAGAAAAUAAGUACCUUUAAGUAACUUUAGGAGAUACUUACUCAAAUGUACCAGGUCCAACAUCACUAAGAUCCUGAAUAUACGAUUAGUUUAAAGUCUCUGUUAUUUACAUUGUGUGAGUGUGUCUGAGUGAAUGUCUUAGGAAAAUGUGUGGGAAUAAUUGAAAAAUAAACUAAUGUAAAUAUAUUUUUAAAAGAUUAGUUUUUAUACCAUUUUCUGUACAUUAUCCUCAGAUAUGUUCUUUCAAAGUAAGAAAAAGCAACAACAACAACAACUCUGUGACAACAAAACAGAUCAGGCAGCUAAGCUAUUCAUGUCUUGUAAGCAUGGGUAAAUGUGGGGGCUACCUUAUUAGGAGGAACACUUUACUUUCCACAUAAUAACUUUUCAUUUUUGUUCAGAACUGUUUUAAAACUAACCAUAGCCAGCCCAUUCCUACAACAAAGUGAGCCAUUUUUAUUCCUGGGCACCAACCUUACUGAUCAGCAAUUUCCUCCAUAAUAAAACACUGGUGUCCUAGUUAGAGGUGAUUAAUAAUUUUGGGGUAAUUCAGUCAAACUAUUUCAAAGUAACUUAUAUCCCUAAUUUUGUAUUACAAACAAAAAACAAACAAAAAAUACAUAAAAUAUAUACCUUUCUCUACUGAAACUUAAAAUGAGCUAACUUGAUAUUCUAAUGUUACCAGUAUUAGAGAAAUAAUCACUAAUUCUAACAGUAGAGUAAAAGUGGCAUGAAGAAGAAGGAAGUCUGCACGAGACUGUGCCACUUCACACUUCAUUGGUUUACUUGAGUUUUACAGACAAUCCCUUUGUCUGCCCUGGUGCCCCUUCUCUUACUGUUUCCUGACUUUCUGUAACCACAAUGUUCUUGUGCAAAAAUCUUUAUUUGCUUUGUUGCCUGGUGCAACAAUACAUCUUUUUGUCUUUGGUUUGGCACAAAAGCCCAACACUUUUAUGAAACUCUAUUUGCCUGAUUUUCUUUCCACUUUUCUGUUUUGUAUAUUUAAAGAAGAAAAUAUGUAUUUGCACUGUAUAUACUGUUGUAUAUAUUAUGUUUAAAGUGGUUUCUGGAUGUUAUUGUCCUCUAUGGUUUAGUGUUUCAUCUGUAUCACAGCUGCAUGGUUUCACAGCAGAAUAUUUCCUUGUUUCCCUGUCUAAAUUAAGGUGCUAUUUAUAUUCUUUGUAUGGCUCUGCAAGCAGCUCACACGUUCUGCAGAAUUGAUAAAUAGAAAGGGCUGAGUUGACUGUAUUUUUCUUUCAAAUAACUCUUUCACUGCUAUUUGUGAUUUAACCAAAACACAGUGAAGGGCAAGUUCAUGCGUGCAGUUAUAUUAUUCCAUAGCCAACACAAAAAAACUUCUGUUUUUAUUAUAUUUAGUGAAAAUUGUGUCAGAUUUAUUUAAGCUACACUUUUAAUAACUGAAAUGUGGCAUAGCUCUUGUUCAGGAACUAUUCAAAUAUUAAAUGAAGAGUGUUUUUUUUAUGUCCUUGAAAAGUAAAUACUUCUGCUUUUAUAGACCGUUUCACAACAUUGUUGUAUAGAAAAUAAUACUUUCACUUAAAUGUGCAGCUAUGCUUGUUUUGUUUUUAUAUGGAAAUAAAAGUAAUACCACAGAAGAGAAAAAAAAAGCCUGUUCAGUCUUCAGUGGUCCGACCAUCCGAGAUACAGACUUUCCCACCUGAGCUGUGGAUUUCUACAACUCCUCCUGUGGCACAGAAGGAUGAAGGAUGAAUACAAAUGCAAAAUGCACUGUAAAGUUCAAUUUAAAACAAUCAUGUAAGGUGUAACUUGUGUUAAAACAAAAACACCAUGGUUGUAACUUUUAUUUUUAUCAAUAUGAAUCUAUAUGUGAGCUCACAUAUUAUAAAGUGUUUUACUCAUGCUUUUGUGAAAGCCAUUUUAUAAAUAACCAAUAUCUUUUUUUAUUAUUAUUAUUUUUGCAUUUC